AUGCCAUUUUCACCUUUGCAAGUUCCAGCUGCCACUGAAGAGCUUCAAUGUCCAAAUGGCUCGUUCCUCCUUGCUCAGCUGGCUUAUGGCACCAACAUACGGAGACGAUCAUGCCACACCAAUCAUGUGACCAAUAAAUACAAUGAAAGAAAGGUGUCUGUAAGUGAAAGUCUGAAGCCUGGGGAAAAAGUGACCUUCACCUUAACAACAACAUCCAGUUCAACAUGGUUUGGCAUCACCGUGGAAAAUCCCGAAAUCGCCUCUUUGGACAUAUCUGUAGGCGAAACUGAUGAAGGAAUUCCUCUCCAAUGCAUGGACUAUUCCAGCAGCAAAGGAAGAACUGGCUCAGACUGGAAUACUGCAGAAAGAUGCCCUAAUCUAGCAAACAGGACAUUCACGUUAGAAGUGGUAUUAGGGGAGAAUGACUUUCAGGUAUCUGUUGAUGGCAAUGUGCUGUUCAAUCAUGAAGUCCCAAAGGAAUUCCAGACGGAGACAAUGAACACACUCACAGUGACAGGAGACGUCCAAAUCAAGUCAAUUUACAUUAAUUAA